GCUCGUCGUUCCUUAAAGCCGCGGGGUAGGCGCUGCGGAUUAUUUACUGCAGCGGGAGGAGAGAGAGAGAGAGAUAGGAAGGAAGAAAGAAGAGAGUGGAGAAACAGACAGACUGUAGAUAGAUAGAUAGAGAGAGGGAAGACAGACAGAGGAAGAAGAGAGACAUAGAGAGAGGAAGAAGAGAGACAGAUAGAGAGUGAGAGUGAGGAGAGCUGCAGCAAUCGGGGAGAUCUUGCUGCUGGAAGCCGGCUGCUUCUCACCCCCCACCCCCCCCGCCGCCGGUCUCUCUCUCUCACACACACACUAACUAUCAAACACCACCCACCCACCCUCCUCCUCCUCCUCCGGUCGGUUUCUCGGUGACACCAUGGCUGAUAAAGACGCGAAGAAAGAUUUCGAGGAGGCAGAAGGAGGAUGGAAGCAGUUUAUCUACAACCCGGGCACCGGGCAGUUCAUGGGCAGGACCGCCAGCAGCUGGGCUUUGAUUUUUCUGUUUUAUCUGGUCUUUUACGGCUUCCUAGCUGGUCUGUUCAGUUUCACCAUGUGGGUUAUGCUUCAGAUGCUGGAUGAAUAUACACCCAAAUAUCGUGACAGAGUUUCCAGUCCAGGUCUUAUGAUUAGACCAAAAGUGGGAUCUUCCCUGGAAAUUGUGUUUAACAAAUCUGAUUCUAAGUCUUAUGAAAAAUAUGUGACUGCUCUUGAUGGUUUUCUAAGACCUUACGAUGAUUUGAUACAAGCACAAAAAAAUAUUCACUGUCGCCCUGGCGAGUACCUCAUUCAACCGGACAAUAUAUUGGAGAAAAAGGCUUGUCAGUUUAACCGGACAACGCUUGGUGAAUGCUCUGGUAAAAACAAUAGCAGUUUUGGCUAUAAUGAAGGAAAGCCAUGUGUCCUUGUUAAAAUGAAUAGAAUAAUUGGAUUAGAGGCAGGUGGAGGAAGUAAUCCUGUAGUCAAUUGUACAUCCAAGAAGGAGCCACAAGUCGAUAUAAAGUACUUUGGAUCAUUUGAUAAAAUGUACUACCCAUAUUAUGGCAAAAAAGCCCAUGUAAACUACUCUCAGCCUCUGGUUGCUGUAAAACUAAUGCUGGAUACCAAUGACACCUACAAGGAUUUAAUGAUUGAGUGCAAAAUCACUGGUACCAAUCUGAAAAAUGAUGAUGAUCGUGACCGGUUCUUGGGUCGAGUAGCUUUCAGAGUUCACGUAACAGAAUAGCAUGAAUGAGAGACCUUGCACGAUGACUACUUUGUUGUCUUGUUUCAUUAUAAUGCGCUGGACCUGCCAUUUGUAGAUGUGUGACCACUUUGAAGGGGGGGUGAGCUAGAUGGCAUUUUAUGGUAGCAUCAUGUUGUGCUUCCAGAUAUCAAGUGUUAAAACAAAUCCUAAAUACAUAGCUGCCUGCCUUGCCCCAGCCCAACCCCCUGUUGGAUCAGUUUACGCACAUUUUAAGACAUCAUGCCAUAAUAAGGGACCUGUAAAUAGCUCUAAUUAUAACUUUGAAUAAUGGCAGUCUUCGUCCUUUUUGUGCUGUGAUUUUUGCCCCAAGUGAAUGUCUAAAGCUUGAUGUGCUGUUGCUGUGUACAUAUUUAAUGGACUUAACACAGGUUAACUUUCACAUAGACAAAUGGAAAGUUUAGAAAGCAAGAUCAAAUGAUAUACCAGGCUGGCCGUAAAUGAUUUUAUAACCUUUGCAGAAUUAUGUCUUUCAUGCAGAUGCCUUAAAACCUGUAUGAAGAAAAGAAAAAUAAAACUGAUUUUAAACUUU